CUCAGCCCCAGGUACUGCCUGAGCUGGGAGCCACGGCGUCUUCCGGGCGCAGCCGGGUUAGCUGUUCCGAGUCACCGCAGCUAGGCUCCAGGGUGGGGGAGGGAAGAAGCCGGAGCCGCCGCAAGCCACACGUGAAGGAAAAGCCCAAGAAGUAAAGAAACUUUUACAGUAAUUGUUGAUUUGGCUAUUAUGCUGAUCCCCCGAAUCAAAAAAAGCUGCUGAAACUUAGAAGCUGAUUUUGUCACAGUGUAAGAUGCCUUUGGAAGAUUCUGCAUUCCUCUUAGAUGAAUCUUUACAACUUGUCAACACUCGUUUAACCAAUACCAAGAUCAAGAUAUAGAACAUUUUCAUCAAUCCAGGAGCCUCCUUCAUGCCCCCUGACAGUCAUCACGCACUCCCAAAGAAUUCUGAGACUGAUGGUCAGCCAUACAGAAGAAUACAUUGAACUUACAGUUUUCUGAAGAAUCAGUUCAAAAGAUCCCCAAAAUACAAAAGGAGAAGUACAAAUGUCUACUACAAGACGAAAACGUAAUAUGUUAUGUUGUUUACCGUAAGCUGUAGUAAAAUGAGCUCACUUGUUGACAGAGACGAUGGUAGUAUUUUUGAUGGGUUGGUGGAAGAAGAUGACAAGGACAAAGCAAAAAGAGUAUCUAGAAACAAAUCUGAAAAGAAACGUAGAGAUCAGUUUAAUGUUCUCAUUAAAGAACUGGGAUCCAUGCUUCCUGGGAAUGCUAGAAAGAUGGACAAAUCUACUGUUCUACAGAAGAGCAUUGAUUUUUUACGAAAGCAUAAAGAAAUCACUGCACAGUCAGAUGCUAGUGAAAUUCGACAGGACUGGAAACCUACAUUCCUUAGUAAUGAAGAGUUUACACAAUUAAUGCUGGAGGCUCUUGAUGGUUUUUUUUUAGCAAUCAUGACAGAUGGAAGCAUAAUAUAUGUAUCUGAGAGUGUAACUUCAUUACUUGAACAUUUACCAUCAGAUCUUGUGGAUCAAAGUAUAUUUAAUUUUAUCCCAGAGGGGGAACAUUCAGAAGUUUAUAAAAUACUCUCUACGCAUCUGCUGGGAAGUGAUUCAUUAACCCCUGAAUAUUUAAAAUCAAAAAAUCAGUUAGAAUUUUGUUGUCAUAUGCUUCGAGGAACAAUAGACCCAAAGGAGCCGUCUACUUACGAAUAUGUGAAAUUUAUAGGAAAUUUCAAAUCUUUAAACAGUGUAUCCACUUCAGCACACAAUGGUUUUGAAGGAACAAUACAACGCACACACAAGCCUUCUUAUGAAGAUAGAGUUUGUUUUGUAGCUACUGUCAGGUUAGCUACACCUCAGUUCAUCAAGGAAAUGUGCACUGUUGAAGAACCUAAUGAAGAGUUUACAUCUAGACAUAGUUUAGAAUGGAAGUUUCUAUUUCUAGAUCACAGGGCACCACCCAUAAUAGGAUAUUUGCCAUUUGAAGUUCUGGGAACAUCAGGCUAUGAUUACUAUCAUGUGGAUGACCUAGAAAAUUUGGCAAAAUGUCAUGAGCACUUAAUGCAAUACGGGAAAGGCAAAUCAUGUUACUAUAGGUUCCUGACCAAAGGACAACAGUGGAUUUGGCUUCAAACUCAUUAUUAUAUCACUUAUCAUCAGUGGAAUUCAAGACCAGAGUUCAUUGUUUGUACUCACACCGUAGUAAGUUAUGCAGAAGUUAGGGCUGAAAGACGACGAGAACUUGGCAUUGAAGAGUCUCUUCCAGAGACAGCUGCUGACAAAAGCCAAGAUUCUGGGUCUGAUAAUCGUAUAAAUACAGUCAGUCUCAAGGAAGCAUUGGAAAGGUUUGAUCACAGCCCAACUCCUUCUGCUUCCUCCCGGAGUUCAAGAAAAUCAUCUCAUACUGCAGUCUCAGACCCUUCCUCUACACCUACAAAGAUCCCAACGGAUACUAGCACUCCUCCCAGACAGCAUUUACCAGCUCAUGAAAAGAUGGCACAAAGGAGGUCAUCAUUUAGUAGUCAGUCCAUAAAUUCCCAGUCUGUUGGUCAGUCAUUAACACAGCCAGUGAUGUCUCAAGCUGCAAAUUUACCAGUUCCACAAGGCAUGUCCCAGUUUCAGUUCUCAGCUCAGUUAGGAGCCAUGCAGCAUCUGAAAGACCAGUUGGAGCAACGGACUCGGAUGAUAGAGGCAAACAUUCAUCGGCAACAAGAAGAACUAAGAAAAAUUCAAGAGCAGCUUCAAAUGGUCCAUGGUCAAGGGCUUCAGAUGUUUUUACAACAGUCAACCCCUGGAUUGAAUUUUGGUUCUGUUCAACUUUCUUCUGGAAAUUCAUCUAAUAUCCAGCAGCUUGCACCUAUAAAUAUGCAAAGCCAGGUUGUUCAGACUAACCAAAUUCAAAGUGGAAUGAAUACUGGACACAUUGGCACAACUCAGCACAUGAUACAACAGCAGACUUUACAAAGUACAUCAAGUCAGCAGAAUCAACAGAAUGUACUGAGCGGGCACAGUCAGCAAACAUCUCCUCCCAGUCAGACACAGAGCACUCUUACAGCCCCACUGUACAACACUAUGGUGAUUUCUCAGCCGACGGCCGGAAGCAUGGUCCAGAUUCCAUCUAGUAUGCCACAGAACAGUUCCCAGAGUGCUGCAGUAACUACAUUCACUCAGGACAGACAGAUAAGAUUUUCUCAAGGUCAGCAGCUUGUGACCAAGUUAGUAACUGCUCCUGUAGCCUGCGGGGCGGUCGUGGUGCCCAGCGCUAUGCUCAUGGGUCAGGUGGUGACUGCCUACCCUACCUUUGCUCCACAACCACCGCAGUCACAGACACUGCCGGUCCCACAGCAGCAGCAGCAGCAGCAGCAGCAGAGUUCCCAGGAACAGCAACUCCCUGCAGUGCAGCAGCCGCCGCAGGCGCAGCUGGCUCAACCGCCGCAGCAGUUUUUACAGACUUCUAGAUUGCUCCACGGGAACCCUUCAACUCAGCUUAUCCUCUCUGCUGCAUUUCCACUACAGCAGAGCACUUUCCCUCAGUCACAUCACCAGCAACACCAGUCUCAGCAACAGCAGCAACUGAAUCGGCGCAGGACUGACACUUUGACUGAUCCUUCCAAGUAGUGUUCUCUUCAGUUUCCGGGGCACAAGUCUUUUUAUGUUCAUACUUUGGCUGUGAUGUCACAGUUUGUUCAGUGAGGUAUGAUGUGCUGCUGGGAAUGGAUUUUUUUUUUCAGGUUAAAUUAUUUGAAACAGGAUUUUCAAGUUACUCAGAAAUAUCCCUCAUUUCAUUAUUUUUCAAUUAUGUUUGA